ACAUUCCGGGCUUUUACACUUUUCCCCUUCAUCUAUUCUGAUGAAGGUGUUAGAGAAACUUUGCAGGGACAGGGUGCCCAACCUGGUUUUAGUGUACCCCAUUUGGACCUUCAGACUAUGGUACCCCCUGAUCCAACCUCUAAUCAGGGGACCAUUAGGCUGGACCACGGAUUGCUUCCUAGGGACCACGGAUCUCUUAACCAAGCUCCCCCAACUUGUGUGGAUAGCAGCCCUGGUAGGCUUUUAAUGCGUCCUCUUCUGUCUGACCGGGUUUUAGACAUCGUUAAUUCUUCAUUACAGCGCAGGACCGGG